AUGCUUCCCAAAAGGCAACAGCCCGAUGCCGAAACAAUAAGGAAGUCACAGCCACUAUCGGUUUUUAGGUCAUGGUCAUGGUUUCCGAAUUAUUCAAAAGAACCCAAGAAGGAGGUACAACAAAUAACGACCGAUCCCGAUCCCGUUCGAUGGAUAAAAGGUGUUGUGAUCUGUUCAUGGAUCAUUGGGGGUGUCCUCGCCUUAAACAUCAUCCUCACCGUCAUUGCUGCUGGUCUGGCAUAUUCGGGUAAUAGUGGGCAGAUCUUCUCAUUUGCUUCACUCUAUAUGGGAAAGUGCUCUACUUCCAAGAAUUGGACCACCGGCUUGCACCUCCUGAUCAACAUCCUCAGCACCGCCCUUCUGGGAGCGAGCAACUACUGCAUGCAGUGCCUUGCAGCCCCUUCACGGGAACAGGUGGAUAAAGCUCAUAGUCAAAAGACAUGGGUCCGAAUCGGCGUCCCGAAUAUCAUAGACCUUGUUCGCUACCAAACAGGCAAGCGACGUCUUCUGGGAUCGGUGCUGCUGAUCACCUCAUUGCCUAUUCAUUUGAUUUAUAAUUCUGCCGUCUACUUCUCCAUUGGGCCAACGGAAUAUUCAGUCGUUGCAGCACAGGAUAAGCUUAUCCAGGAACAUGGCAACUCCACGGAAUUUGAGCAAUGCUUCACAGAAAAUGUCGGAAUGGAGUUGCCAUCUUUCAAUACUGCAAUCCGUGAUGGGAGUUUUAACACUCUCUCCAAGCAAGAAUGUGUUGAUACCUUUGCUCAAGACUAUGCAUCCGGGUAUGGAACGAUUGUUCUGGUGACCAAAGACUCGAUGCCUCAAAAUGAGUCCGUGGCCUGGAUAGGAACUGGAAACAAUCAAAACUUUGAGGGUGGUAAUUCUCAAUUCAGCUGGCUGUGUGACGAACAGUACCCCUGCACCAAGAUUAUAGCCGAAGAAAACACCCAUAACUGGACUGUUCACGCAUUAACGUGGUCGCGUCCCACUAUACGUCUAUCGGUGCCUAUCCCAGGCGGAAUUUAUGAGAGUGGAGGAUGGUUAGAUGUCGGGCAUUACGGUAUUCCCGAAACCGAUGACUACAACCAUCUUGAUGAUAUUCUCGAACAACACCCUUCCUUGGAGGAGCUGCAAGCUGAGCUAGAUGAUCCUUCCGGCUGGGUUAACGGUUCAUUCCCGGGUAGUGUGACAGUACGCAAAGGUGAACCUGAGUGCACGUACCCGAGAGUCUACGGUAAACAGACUCCGCGAUCAUAUUCAAUCGAUCACUGCAUGACUCUGCCAGUUAAGGAAACUUGUCAAUUAUUCUUCAGCCCACCGAUCUGUCUGGUUGUAAUCGUCUGCAAUAUAGUCAAGCUCAUAUGUGCGCUGUUAGCGGCACGCGAGAACAGAAAGGAUAUUUUCCUCACUACCGGAGACGCGAUUGCGUCUUUCCUCGCCAAACCGGACCCAGUCACCGAGGGAGUCUGCCUGCUGUCCGGGUCUUUAAUCAAGAAAAGAUCACAAGGAUGGCAGAAAUACAAGGGCCGUGAACGCAAAUAUUUAGAUCUUCUUGAAACCAAACAAGAGACUCCGCUUCGUUUACCUCCAAGGAAACGAUGGCUUCAAGCUGCGAGUAUCUCACGCUGGGUUUAUACGAUUCUCCUAUUCGUGUGCAUGCUAAUCCCAUCCGUCAUCGUUCUUCGCCUGGGAAUUCUCAAUUACAACAAAGCCUCAAAAUCAAGAAACCUAUGGGACUCUGGCCUGGGAGAUGCAAGCACAGGGACUACCCUGGCGGGUCUUAGCAUUCCCGGGAGCGCAAGUGGGAUAUUUUCCAUGAUUUUCCUAGCCAACGUACCUCAGAUACUCGUCUCACUAGCCUACUUCUUCUACAACGGCCUGCUUACCUGCAUGCUCGGCGCUGUCGAGUACGACAACUACGCCAUAGAGCAAAAGCCUCUCCGCGUAUCCUGGCCCCACGGUGCCCAGCGUUCAACCUACUACCUCAGCCUUCCAUACCGAUACAGUGUCCCGCUGCUAGUAGUCUCGACGGUUCUCCACUGGCUCGUAUCCCAAAGCUUUUUCUUUGUCCAGGUGAUCCCAUUUGAUCGGCACGGAGUGCCCCAAAGAAGCUCACCAGACGUCCUCGUUACAUGUGGCUAUUCACCUGUUGCCAUAAUCUUUGGGAUAAUCGUUGGUGGCUUGCUACCCAUCGCCGCUGUACUCCUGGGCUUGCGUCGUUUUAGAUCGCACAUGCCGCUGGCUGGUCAGUGUAGUGCGGCAAUAAGCGCUGCGUGUCAUCCCAUGACUACGGCGGUUGACCAUGCGCUGAAACCGGUGCAAUGGGGCGAAGUUCCAGAUAGUGUGUUGUCACAUGGCAUGUUUUCGAACACAAUAACGACGGAUGUUGAGAGUGACGCUCGAUCGAGUAUUGGGAGUGAUGAGCAGCGGCCGUCUUUGGCUACGGAGCUGGAUAGAAAUGAGUCCAGGGCAGUUGGUUUCUUGCAUUGCUCAUUUACUUCGGAGGAUGUUACGUCAGCACUGAAUGAAAACUCCAUAAUGGCCGAGCACAACACCGCCUCAUGCCCUUUUUGCCCUUUCACAGAUUCCGAUGCUAAUUUUGUGUUCCAACACAUCGAAUACUGCCACCCAGAAACCGGGGCAACUGGUUUCCUGCAGGACAACCCGCAGGAAUUUGCAGGUCAAAACUCGGCUCCACUGCCAGUGGACGAGGAUGGCGCAGAAAAAUAUGUCGACUGUCCACAUGGAUGUGGUGAGACAAUAGAGAGUGCCGAGCUCUCGAGUCAUCUAGAUCUGCAUGUUGCAGAGGACAUGGCGCUGGAUGAUACCGGGGCCACACCGGCACGAUCAACUCCAGACGUACAUGGUCAUGGCUAUGAUGAAUCCUUCGAUGAUGAAGACCCCCUCGAUAUGCUCAAUUCCCACAAAGGAGGAAAGCGUGGGAUGCAACGAGACUCCUCGCGAGCCAACACUGCCAAGCCACCACGGCCUCACAGUCCCCCAAGGACAACCAAUGCCGAUGGCACAAAGAGACUAGGGCGCUCGGAAUUGGGUCCUCAUGCCCAUGAGAAGAAAAUGCCAUCAUGGCUGAAGAAAAUGCUGGAAAAGGGCGGCAGCACAUCAAAGCAAACGCAAAUCACAUCAGAUGGCAAACUCACACGACGCGAGACAGUAGAAAACGAGACCGACAAUCUGGUUCCUAUUAUUUCCCGGCUGUGCGAACAGGACAAAUCCGUCCAGCGGGCAUUCUUCUGUAGCCCCAAAGUACGCCAUAUCUGUAAGAUGCGUCGGGAAGGCGGGUUUUGUGGCUAUCGCAAUAUCCAAAUGAUGGUCUCUUGGCUGAAAAAGACUCGUGGCUUUGGUCAUGAGCACUUCCCAAAUAAGGGGCCGACGAUCCUUGAGCUGCAGGAUAUGAUUGAGUCAGCCUGGGAUAUGGGGUUCAAUAGUUCUGGGAGAGCCGAGACAGGUGGUAUCAAAGAUACCCGCAAGUUUAUUGGAACGCCUGAAGCACAAGCACUUUUCAUGAGCUUAGGAAUUCCAUGUGACGCCAGGAGUCUGGCAGAGAGAAGCGAUCUACGGGCCUGUGAUGCACUUUACAUCGACGUCGCCGACUAUUUCCGAUCAGCGUGCUCGCCAGAAGACGAGUCAAAGAUCGUCCAGACCGAUCUCCCUCCGAUAUACUUCCAGCAUCAAGGUCAUUCUAUGACAAUUGUCGGAUUUGAAAUACGAACCAACGGCAGCGCAAAUCUGCUAGUAUUCGAUCCCAUGUUCAAGACUUCGCCUGCAAUGGAGCGUCUAAUCGGGGCGUUUGUCAAGCCUUCAGAUCCCACCCGACUUCUCAAAGCAUAUCGCAGGGGAACACCUUAUCUGCAAAAGUAUAAGAUAUUCGAGCUUCUCAAGCUACGUAUAACCAGCCCGAAACCUGCAGCCACAUAA